GGUCGAUCCUUGACGGAGUUUCUCAUCCUCUGAGUUUCAGUUUUACUGCACCUGCUAAGUUGCUCUCAUCCUGCGCAGAUGUGGCUGGCGCCUUUCAACUCCACAAGGCCCUGAGCCUUGAGCAAGGGGCGAUAGUACGUGUUCGACUCUAGCCACAAACAGUGUUCGCGCAGAGUUUCGAUUGUCCGGGCGCCGCGACGCGACUCACCGGACUGAAAGUGGGAAAUGUGCAAUCCAACUGAAGGAAAGCAACAGCUUAGGGACAACCACGGAAUAUUCUUUAUUAUGCAGUUGAAACUGAUGUAGUUGCGUACAUUUUAAAAAUAAUAAUAGUAAUUAUUAAGAUAGACCGGUAUCAAACAAGUAAUUAAAUAUGGAUAAAACUAAAUACGGGAACAUAACAGAAAAUAAAUAUUUGCUACGAAGGGCCCUAAUAAAUAAUUUGAAAAUGCUUCAAAAUUAAUUACGUUAAACGGCUAUUAAAACCCCUGCACUGCUGAGCUGCUGGCCGGUCUUGUAAUUCCAUAGUUAACGGCUUAGCAGCACACAAGGUCUACACACGUACAGCUGGAAUGCACGUUAAGACAAAAGGACGACAAAGGAUAUAUUUCUGUCCGGAAUUCAUACAGAGUUUUGCAUACAUCUGACAUAUAAAUCAGGAAAUGGAGUACAAUAUAUAUUCUGCUCGUGUAUAAAUACACUGUCGAUAAUUUUACAUAAAAUAGAACAUUUGUUUGAGAAUUACGAUUCCCUGUCAUUGUGGCAUUGUGGAAGUGUAUUUUUACAAGUAAGAACACAUCAGCAUUAUAUAAACACAGUUCCUCUGCCUUCGCUGUGUAAAGUAAGACUCAUUCUGAUGAUAUUGAUAAUCGUGGUGAUGGCUCAGGUGUUUAUUCAGAGGGCAUGGAGGUUAUCCACUGCGCAGGACAGCACAAUAUUUCUACAAGUCCUCAUUGUUCUCAUCUUGAUUAGGGGCUCUUCGGCAGGAAGUAAUGCGUGUGGAUAUGGAGAAUUCCGGUGCAACAGUUCACGUCUGUGCGUCCCCCAGGUCAGAAACUGCGACACGCGACCUGACUGCCCCGACGGAAGCGACGAAUGGAAUUGCUCUGACGAGUUGGGCUUGCGGUUCUGGGAUCACUUGUAUCGGAAGCAGCCGGCGGCGGAACUGGAUGGACAGCUCUCUGACUGCUAUCUCGGUAACUGGAAUUCCUCACAAUGCGUUUGCGUGGGGAAGUCGGUGUUUUGCAACAACGCGGGCCUCUCUCGGCCACCGGCAGGAUUAACUUCACAUGAGUUGUAUCUUCUGGACCUUACUGGAUGUUCGUUUCCAGUUUUGAACUCGAAUGUAAUGACUAAACUUCCAGAUCUUCACACUUUGGUAUUAUCCUAUUCGGGAGUAAAGUUGCUGUAUGCAGGAGCAUUCUCGACCGUUCCAAAUAUGCAUACACUGCAUCUGGAUAACAAUCACCUGGAGACACUGCCUGAACCAAUUCUGCAAUCAGCAAACGUUCUGGAUACACUAAUUCUCAGUUACAACCAGCUGUCUAGAAUACCAAGAGAAGCGUUUCAGAACUUGCAUAACCUUCGUGAACUAGACUUGCGACAUAAUCUUCUUGCUGACGUAGAUGGAAGCGUCUUCGUACCCCUUACCAGUCUCGAGAAAUUGUUCCUUAGUGAGAACAGGUUGAAGUCCAUACCGAGGUUUACGCCACUUCCGGCACUACAAGAGCUGUCACUCACCCAUAACCGCAUCGGCUGGAUAGAACCCAGGGCUUUUUCUCAGCUUCCAUUACUUCAGAACUUGUACCUGUCCUGGAACGACUUGCGAUUACUUCAGAACGACACGUUCUCCAAAUUACCUCAUCUUCUAAUCCUGAGCCUGAACGGAAACAAAAUACGGAAUCUGGAAGUAGAAGCAUUCAGUGAGGUGCCACUACUCGAAUCUCUGAACCUGCAGCGCAAUGAGCUGAAGAGAGUGGAUAACCAAGUGUUUCAUCGCCUGCAGAAACUCAAGCACAUAUAUUUCGACGAGUUCCGCUUCUGCUCCGCCGCCGUUCACGUGAGAGUGUGCGAACCGCGCGGGGACGGUAUCUCGAGCUUGCAGCACCUGUUGGACAGCGUGGUGCUCCGCGCCAGUGUGUGGGUUAUGGCAAUACUGGCAUGUGCUGGAAACACAUUGGUUCUGCUUGGACGACUAGUGGCCCGAGAGCCAAACCCGGUCCAUUCCCUGUACAUUAAGACGCUCGCAUUGGCAGACCUGCUAAUGGGUGUUUACCUAAUGAUCAUAGCAGGAGCGGACUGGCACUACCGCGAUAUCUACAUCAAGCACGACUUCCAGUGGCGGCACAGCUCCAUUUGCAAUGCCUGCGGAUUUCUCAGCACGCUGAGCUGUGAGGCUUCAGUUUUGAUCCUAACGCUGAUCACCAGUGAUCGUCUUGCGUCCGUGACGCGACCCUUCGACAGGCGGCAACCCUCCUUGUGCCGCGCCACCCUGCUGGUCCUGGUUCUGUGGCUUCUGGCGGCAGUCGUCGCUGCACUGCCACUGUGCGUCGAGACGGUGGAUUACUUCGGCGUGGAGUUCUACGGGGGAAACGGCGUCUGCCUUCCGCUGCACGUUCAGGACCCGUUCGCUGAUGGUUGGGAGUACUCUGCUGCGAUGUUCAUCGUAGUCAACACACUGGCGCUGCUGUUCAUCAGCUGUGCGUACUGGCGCAUGCACCGCAUUGUGCGCUCCUCAGGCCUGUCUCUCCGCUCGACGCAGGACAGGCAGGAUCACGCCUUGGCACAGCGGUUUGUCGUCAUCGUGGCUACAGACUGCUUUUGCUGGAUACCUGUCAUCAGCGUGAAGUUGGCUGCUCUGGCUGGGGCCACGAUAGACCAGCAGUUGUGCGCAUGGCUUGCAGUGCUUGUUCUUCCGGUCAACUCAGCACUGAAUCCAAUACUCUUCACACUAACAACAUCAUUCUUCAAGAAUCAGAUUUCUCGCUUGCUGCACUCAUGCAGGUCAUGUGAGACCGGUCCUUCCCCGGACUCUGCGGCAUCGCUAAGCAACAUGCAACUGAACGUCCGUAAGCGGUACCCUAGCAGUCAGCCACCAACACGAUCCAGCACACUACGUAGUCAUGGCAGCUACAAAUCUAUACAAGGAACAGCUGUGUAGACAUAACGUAGCUACACGUCUACACAAAACGGAGCUGUGUAAGCAUCGCAAACAACGCAUUUGUCGAUAAAGGACCAAAAACAUAGUUUUACGAAACGAAAGUGUUGUGUAGAUGCACGAUAAGGAGAGCUGUGUAGACAAACGUCUAUUAUCCAUAAGAACCGAAAACAAAGAUCUAUAGGUUAUACAUGCAAGCAGACUGAUACUUUGUAUACAAAUGGUAGUGAACAUGUGUGUAAAUAUGACAUUGGACAUGUGUAAACGCACUCCAGUGGACAGCCACAUGAUAGGAGACUGCUAAGUAGUGACAUGGUAAGAGGACAGCAGGGGCAGCUAUGUAGGAACAGAACAGAACAAAGGACAGAUGUUUAAGUAAAAGGCUGGAGACACCUGUGUAGGCACACUGUAGGAGGCAAAGUCAAGGGCAUAGGUAUAUGACAAGAGAUAGCUAUGAAGGCCCAUAACACAAGACAGCGGCAUGUGUAUAUGGCUGUGGAUAUGGGUGCAUAGACAAACAGCAGGAGACAGCUAUGUGUAGGAACAUAAUAGGAAACUUGUAACUUAGGCACUUGCGUUAGACAUGCAUAUGCUCACAGGGGCAGAGAUUUUCCUUGACAUAUGACAGGCACCAUCUUCCUACAAUCAUGAAGGGGUGCAAGCUACAAGGCACAUGUUAAUUUAGGAACUUGCAAUCACAACAUAGCAUGCCUCAGGUUGUGGAUGGAGUAUAAGGCUUCCAAAUGUGGAGGGUAACUGUGAGUAUAUUAAAUAAUCAGUUGCAGACUUUAAACAAGGGGCUGUCCUCCAGUCCAGGGAUUUAACAUGGGGAGCUAACAACUCCUCGUAGUAAAGAACCCAGCACAUUUCAAAGUAUUACACAAAAGUUUAGAUUUCAUAUUUCUCCACUUGGUCUCUUGUUAAGGGAAGAACAUACGUAUAUUGAAGGUAUCUGAGUUGAGUGUGCUGAUGAGAAUAUUUGGACCUAAGUGGGAUGAAGUGAUGAGAGGGUGGACAUAGUUAAAAAUGAGGAUUUCCACAAUUUGUACUAUUCACAAAAUAUUAGUAUCAUCAAAUCAAAGGGGAUGAGAUGCAUUGAUCAUGUAGCAUGCUUGAGGAGAUGAGAAAUGUGUACAAAAUUUUGACUGAAAGCCUGAAUAGAUUACUCAGAAGACAUAGGAGGGCAAUAAUAUAUUUAAUUCUAAUUAAAUGGGGUUGGGGAGGGCACAGGCAGGUUGGAUUGGAUUCAUCUAGCUCAUUACAAUGACCAAUGGCUUAUGAACACAACAAUCAACCUUCAAAUUCCAAAAUCAGGACUUUCUUGGCCAACUGGGCAUACUAUCUACCAGCUUCUUAAGGACUACAGACCUUUGAGUUAAUGUUUGCUACCACAAAGAAAAGAAUGUGUCUGCAUUACAAAGACUGGUUGAUUAAUACUAAAAAAAUUAAUCAUUGCUUAUUGUGAGAAUCAUCUAAAGACUGUAAAUAUACCCUUGAAAAAAUGCAGUAAUACUUAAUGUUGCAUUAGGUGGCACAUGUAAGUUACCACUAUGCUCUAAGAGUUAAAAGGAGAAGCAGAUACAGUGGAAUCACCAUAUUAAUUGAUUUAUAGUUGGAGGACCAAAGGGGUUUGUGAAAAAACACCAAAAAUAUAAGUGACUUGUCAUCUGUAAAUAUUAGGGGUUUCAAUAGCUGACAUAGUAACUGUUAAAAAUACCCUUCAUGUUAUAAAUAGCUGAGUGUGUGAUGGUCUUGUUAUCACUGUCUGGUUGUGAUAGUUGACCAGAAUGUGUGAUAAAAGUACCCACACAGAAACUGAAGGAUGACAGGUGUUGGAAAUUCCCUUUGAUGUACUACUCCCAGAAUAAAACAGAUGAACAAUCAGCUAACUGUUGAAUGUGCACACCAAAUGAACUACCCGCAUUCAUGCACUGUCUGUGCACAAUGUGUUCCCUGUGUUUGUGUGUGCAUGCCUACAUGAAAUCCAUUUCUUAUGCAUGUAUCACACAGAGAAAUUCAUACAUCGUUUCUUCCUGUGUGUAUUGCCAGAUGUGCCAAUUAAAGAACCUAUAAUAUAAA